AUGAUUCUUGCCGCGCCGCCCCGCCUAUGCGAUUCGACAGGACACCACGCGCCUUCGAUGACGACAGUAGUCGAGAUCGCCCGCGACCGACUCGAAGUCGUGGAGGCCAAGCUCCGGGAUGCAAAGCCCGUCGAUGCCCGCGGCCGCCGUGUGGUGUUACGAUUGGGCAGCACACGUCGGGCAAGCUCAGGUCUGACGAUCUCCUGUGCGCGACUCGAGAGGCAGACAAGGCCCCGGAGCGACCGAACGGACCUCGUCCGGCCAUGGCCUCGAGAUCAGCGGGCAACGAGCGCGAGAGGCACUGCGCCACGGCCGGCCGCAAGAUCGCAACCCGCGCCCCAGUGGCGGACAGGCGACCACCAACGCGCCCGGGAUAGGGGGCAGCGCGGGCAAGCUCAAAGGACAGGAGAGCAAGCCACAACCGGAAGACGGCUGCGACGACUCAGCCCUGUUGCAUCCGGUCUCAUCGACAGCAGCGCAUCGUCACCAUCUCCUGUCCGCACACGCACAAGAGCGGCGGCAGCGGACGUCCCAUCCGCGCAACUACCCUGUCGGCCGGUCUGGUCCUCUAUGCACCGCCUCUUUGACCAUCGCCGCGGCCUCGACGCCGCUCGAGGCCUCACUGUUCGACAGCUGCCUGACCUCUGCCCGCCGGCCCGACUGCUAUGGAUGACAGACGUCGACCCAUUCCCCCGACACAGCUCCCCGCCAUUCGGUCACAACCUCGACUUCCGUCCGUGCCUCUAUGCACAUCUACUCAGCGGCUCUGGCAGCCACAGCCGAUGCUCUCCCACUAGCGCUUCAAAGAGGCUAGGCUCGGGCGUCGAGACAAGGCUGAACAUAGGCCAGCGCGCUCUCAUCUCGGCAUCGGAAGCUCGGAAGCCGAACCGGGUCACGCGAAGCUUGAGCUCGAGCCUUGCUUUCGGCCACAAGAGGUAUGGCCUCCCCUCAAGCACCACAAGGAGCAGGAAAAGGCCCUUCGCAGCUGCUCUAGCAUCGAGGCGGGCCGCCCAUGCCUCUGCUCACGCGUCUGCCCAGCGCCGAUGGUUGGCGUUCGUCGCAAAGGGCAAGACUUGA